UGUAACACCAAAACAAUCAGUGCAGUUCACAUCUGAUCCAUUACCGGUGUAUUUGAAUGUAAUUAAUCAUGUCGAUUCCAAACGAUUCCCUGGACGAUGACGAUCUUUUGGCAAGCCUGGAGCUACCAACUCCGGCCAAGCAAGCAGCACUAACACACGAGCCCAUUUCCGCUACUGAGGCACAUUCCACUGAAGGCACCAGCGCUUCAACAGCAACCGUCGUUCGUUCCGUCAAUAAAGGUAACUGUGUGCUGGUCAACCCGAAACAGCGGGGAAAUCCCCUGCUCAAAUCCAUCCAGAACAUCCCGUGGGAGUACGACGACAUCGUUCCCGACUACGUGGUCGGGGCAACGUCCUGUAUUUUGUACAUCUCCCUGCGUUACCACAAUCUCAACCCGGACUACAUCCACGGCCGGUUGAAGCAGCUGGGCAAAAUGUACGAGCUGCGAGUGCUGCUGGUACAGGUCGACAUCCAGGAACCGCACAAUGCGCUGAAGCACUUGACACGCAUCUGUCUGUUGGCCGAUUUGACCCUGGUGCUGGCGUGGAACGCCGAAGAAGCGGGUAAAAUCGUCGAGACCUACAAGAUGUUCGAGAACAAACCACCGGAUUUGAUCAUGGAACGAGCCGAGCAGUACCCGUAUCAGAAGCUGGUCAGCGCCUUGACGAAUAUCAAACCGGUUAACAAAACGGACGCGAUGACGCUGAUCCAGAACUACGGAACGCUGGCUAACAUGAUUAACAGCAGCGAGGAGAAACUGUCGCUUUGUUCGGGGCUGGGCCCUCGUAAGGCUAAAAAGUUGCACAAAACGUUUAACGAAAACUUUUUGAAAUCAUGAGUGAAAAUUAGUAUUGUUGUCAUAAUGGUUAGAAUUUAAUAUUUAUUGGUAAAAAAUUAAAAAAAUUGAA